CUUACUCCCUAUUUUUUCCACAGUAGCAUUUGCACUUCUACUGAACUACAGAUUGUCAAAACUCUUAUCAUUGCUGGAUAAAUAAAUAGGUAUUCAUACACAGUACCGACAGCUGCAAAACAUCUACAUAAGUACAAAUACUUAUGUAAAUUUUUCAGGUUCGUACGUCCAUUUCGUUCCCACCACUGGCCAUUUGUCAAACUGUUAAACGGAUGCAGUUCUCAUGGUGCUGCUUCACUUUGCGUGGUGAGCGCGGUUCGCGCGCACGUCGGGCACGAGCGGCACCAUGCCCGCGUCGCGCUCGUGCACGCACAGUCUUGAAUUUGUCCCGCGGAUGCACGCCGGUUGCGUGUGCGCGGGUUUCUCUUCUAUCCGUGUGUCUGUUAGUUUGUGUGUGCACGUGUGUACGUGUGCGUGCUUGUGUUUGCGUGCGCGCGGGUGGGUGGCUGCGAAACCCAACAAGACGGUCCCGGUUCGACACGAGCACAAGUGGAGUAGGAGCGCAGCUCUUCGGGACCAGAACCUGGUUUGGAACCCCCCCACCCCCCGCCCGGACCGCUUCCGAGCUGCGGGCCAGUCGCCGGGAAGGGGCGGAGGAGAAGAAGUGAGGGGCACCGGCCGGCCGGCUCCCUGUUUCGGGCACCGCGCGAAGUCCGAAUCGCCUUUUUUGUGCGGGUUAAAAACCAAAAUGGGCUGCUGCCGCGACACCGCGGAGGUGCUGCUGCUUCUGCUUUUCUGAACCAUGGCGGGGCUCCACGCUUCUUCGGAUCCGUCGGGACAUUUUCUGGACUUGAGCCGGCCGACGCAAGCCUCCGGCGGCGGCGGAGGUGGCGGCACCCGGCCCUACUUAGAGGUGUCUGCCGGCUCUGCUCGGGGCUUCGGAGCCGAGGGAGUGUACAGCAAUGGCCGGUAUCGGGAGCUGAGCAGCCCGACGGUGGGCAGUCGUAGCCGAGAUCCGUCCACGGAGAGGAGCCAGGGAGGAGCCAACACACCUUGCGGCAUCAUGAAGGACGGGUCCAAACAGAGGCAAGUGAGGAAAAAGACCGUCUCCUUCAGCUCCAUGCCGAGUGACCGCAAGAUCAACAGCACAGCGGCAUGCAUGGCUUUCAUGAUGGAGGGCUGCGAGAUGAAGAAGGUCCGCUCCAACUCCCGCAUGUACAACAGAUACUUUCUGCUGGAUCCGGACAUGCACUGGCUCCGCUGGGAGCCCUCCAAAAAGGACUCCGAGAAGGCAAAGCUCGAGAUCAAGAGCAUUAAGGAGGUCCGAUUGGGGAAGAAGACUCCGGUCCUUCGCAGCAAUGGUCUCUCUGAUCAGUUCCCAGAUGAAUGUGCCUUCUCGAUCAUCUAUGGGGACAACUAUGAGUCACUGGAUUUGGUUGCUAGUACGGCGGAUGUGGUCAGCACCUGGGUGAUGGGCCUGCGGUAUCUGGUGUCUUACGGCCGACACACCGUCGACAUGGUAGAGCCCAGCCAACCAAGUGUAAGGACAUCUUGGAUUAGCUCAGUCUUUGAGCUGGCGGACAUGGAAAAGGAUGGACACAUUGACCUUUUCAGGGCCACUCAAAUUAUCAAGGGCCUCAACCCCGGAAUGAAAGAGGCAAUGAUAGAACUUAAGUUCAAAGAACUCCAGAAAGCUAAAGACCAAUACGGUGAGGCAAUUAACAUGGACACAUUUGUGGAGGCCUACUGUGAGCUCUGUACACGUCCGGAAAUUUUCUUCUUGCUGAUGCAGUUCUCCAGUAACAAGGAGUACUUGGACUGUAAAGACCUCAUGUUAUUCGUGGAGGUGGAGCAGGGUGUAGAAGGUGUAACUGAGGACAUGUGCAGGGAUAUGGUUCUAAAAUACGAGCCAUCGGCCGAAGGCAGGGACCGGAUUUACCUCUCCAUUGAUGGUUUUACUCAUUACCUCCUCUCCUCUGAGUGCCACAUCUUUGACCCGCAGCACAAACGUGUUUGCCAGGAUAUGACUCAGCCCCUGUCCCACUACUACAUCAACUCUUCACAUAAUGCCUCUCUUCUGGAAGACCACUUCUGGGGUUCAUCCGACAUCAGUAAUUACAUUCGCGUUCUGAGGAUGGGUUGUCGCAGCAUCGAGGUCAUCGUCUGGGACGGCCCUGAUAACGAACCGGUGGUGUACGUUGGCAGCUCUGUGGCCUCACAGUUAGCGUUCUCCAAGGUCUUAGAUAUCAUCAACCAAUAUGCUUUUGAGAGCUCCGAGUAUCCGCUGAUCCUCUGUUUAGUCGCUCAUUGCUCCAUCCCUCAGCAGAGGGUUAUGGCCCAACACAUGAAAAAGAUUCUUGGGGACAAACUUUAUGUGGAUUCCCCCAACAAAGAAGAACACUACCUACCCUCUCCCGAGAAACUCAAAGGUAAAAUCCUUCUCAAGGGCAAAAGGCUAGAGCCCAGCUGCAUGGAGUCGGAGGGUGAUGUGACAGAGGAGGAAGAGGGUCUAGAAAUGUCCAGACGAGUUGGAGUCGAUGACAGGGACCAGCUAAACGGCUUGGGUUGCAAAAGACUCCGUCUGUGCCAGGAGCUCUCGGAGCUUGUGUCUCUCUGUAAAUCGGUACAGUUCAGGGACUUUGACACGUCAAAAAGGGACCAAAAAUACUGGGAGAUUUGCUCCUUCAACGAAGUUGACGCCAACAGGUUCGCCAAUGAGUUUCCAGAGGAAUUUGUGUGCUACAACAAGCGCUUUCUCUCCAGAGUGUACCCCACCCCGAUGAGGAUCGAUGCCAGUAACAUGAACCCUCAAGAUUUCUGGAAGUGUGGCUGCCAGAUUGUGGCCAUGAACUACCAGACACCUGGCCUGAUGAUGGACCUCAACCUUGGCUGGUUCCGACAAAAUGGCAACUGCGGUUACGUGUUGCGACCAGCCAUCAUGAGGGAGGAGGUGUCCUAUUUCAGUGCCAAUGCUCGGGAUUCCCUGCCAGGGGUUUCCGCCCAGCUCCUUCAUAUAAAGGUCAUCAGCGGGCAGAACCUCCCCAAACCUCGUGGCUCCGCGGCUAAGGGCGAUGUGGUCGAACCGUACAUAUACGUGGAGAUUCACGGCAUCCCGGCUGAUUGCGCAGAACAACGAACCAAAACCGUGUCCCAAAAUGGCGACAACCCCAUUUUUGAUGAGAGUUUUGAAUUCCAGAUCAACUUGCCCGAAUUAGCCGUCCUCCGCUUUGUGGUGCUGGAUGAUGACUACAUUGGAGAUGAGUUCAUUGGCCAGUACACCAUCCCGUUUGAGUGCCUGCAGCCCGGCUACAGACAUGUCCCGCUACAGUCUCUGACAGGGGAGUUCUUACCCAACACCACCCUGUUUGUCCACGUGGCCAUCACAAACAGACGGGGAGGAGGAAAGGCCCAUAAGAGGGGAAUUUCAGUCCGAAAAGGUCGGAAGGCCCGAGAAUACACCACCACCAAGACGACAGGGAUCAAAGUGGUGGACGAACUCUUCAGGGCGUCAACCCAACCUCUUCGGGAGGCCACAGACCUCAGAGAAAAUGUACAGAACGCCGUGGUGUCCUUCAAGGAGCUCUGCGGGCUGACGCCGGCCGCCAACAUGAAGCAGUGCAUCUUGACCGUGUCCACCUGGCUGAUGAACAGCGAGCGCUCUCUGCGGGUGACCGUGGACCUGAGCGAGACCUACCCCACCAUGGAGGCCCAGGGUCUGGUUCCCGAGCUGCUGCGCAAGGUGCUCAACGCUUACGACAUGAUGAUCCAGACCAGCAGAACACUGAUCGAGUCGGCUGAUGUGGUCUACGCCAAACUUGUGCAAGCACAGCGUGCAGGUCUGGACUUCCACGAGGACCUGCAUCGCAUCGGAGCAAAGGAGGGCCUGAAGGGUCGAAAACUUCAGAAAGCCAUGGAGAGCUACGCGUGGAACAUCACCGUGCUCAAGGGCCAGGCGGACCUGUUGAAGCACGCCAAGAGUGAGGCACUGGACAUCCUACGUCAGAUCCACUGUGCGGCUCAGUCCUGUGGCCUCAGUAAGAACGGCGCGUCCUCCCCUCAGCUGCAGCAUCAUCCGCCUUAUCUCCACCAACACCAGACGCUGCCUCAGGCCAAGGCCUCGCCCCAGCCCCCGCUGCCGUCCCCCUCGCAAACCCAACCCUGGAUUGGACCUCAUUCCCCACACCCACUGCUUCAAACUGUUCCCAAACCACCCCCUUACACCCCGCCACCAGCCUUGCCACCACAUUUCCAGUUUCAGCAGCAAAGGGCAGCAGGACCUUUGGACUCCAUCAUGGAGAAGGAAACAUUCUGCGACGAUCCGGCGGGACCCUGCUGACCCACGGCCUGCGCCCACGGAGACGAGCACCCGAGAGCGAGUGAAAAAGAUGAAGGGAAAUGUCUGGAAGCAAUGCAGGAAGUCACGAGCGGUAAAAAAACGGAGAUUGAGGAUCGUGUCAACCAGAUGAUGAUGAUGAUGAUGAGGACGGGUAGGAGGAAGACCGGUUGCGUUAGAAGCGAGACACGAGUGUGAAGGUCAGACUUGAGAGAGCAGAAGAAGAUGUAAAUGUGCUUUUCACUGUCGAAAUCCACUCAUUUGAUUAAGUUUUCUACCCUGUUUGAGAUCAUGUUCACAGAGACGUGUCUCAAUACCCAAAUUUUUGUUGACUCCUUCAAAGGAGAAUGUAGAAAAUCACAGUAAGUAAGUGGAACACAACCCGAUCGAAGAAUUGAUGUGGUGAAUGAAUUUUCCCCUUUGGAAAUAAUCCAAGAUAGUCGUCCUAUACCCAUGAGCCCUGAGGCACUCCGUUACACUGAUUUUGCACAGUAACCGAAGCCAAUGACAGCAAUGUUUUUUUUUUCUUUUAAAAUGUGAGGGACCUC